AUGGAAGACGAAGAAUUUUCUUUUCGCCUGACCUCUCUUGUUGAACCAGAUGUCCUGGAUGUUAUUAAAUAUGUGGAAAUUGUAAAUAAUGUUACUUUAUCAAGCGAGUCUGUUUUCCAAACAAUUGAGAGAAUGAUUUCGGCGCUUGAAAUUAAAGUUCUUAAAAAUGUUAUCUGUGGUCUCGAACAAGAGAAAAUAUUAAAAUUUUCCCCUUCUGAAGACAAUGAAGUAGAGGCAAUAGUUGGGAGAAAUUUUCUAAAUGGAGUAACUGUUUACCAAAUCAAGUGGAUGGAUUGGCCUUCAGUAUUUAAUACAUGGGAGCCAGAGGAUAACCUAAAUAAUUGUGAUAAGUUAUUAAAUGCGUUCAAGGAAAAAUAUCCGAACCCAAGUGAUAUUGUUAUGCCAACACGAUUGAAUCCCGAACAGGAUACAGUUUCACAGAUUAUGAAAUUGUUAAAAAAUGCUGUAGUUCUUACUGAUAUUACACCUGCAAAAUUGUUGAAAAUUUUAAAUGAGCGCCUCUUUCCUAAACGUGAAUUUCGUUUAUUUGGCAGUCAAAAUCCUUCUGUGCGUAUCGGCUUAGGUGCACAUAAGCGAAAACAUUCCUUUAUAGCUCGGUCUCCUGAUUAUUACUUAGAAAUCGUUCUCAGAGAGUUUGAGGAGAAAUUGAAUUCUAUCACUCCAGACGAGCCUCCUAUCAAUGUAAUAAAUGAAGUGGAUUCAGAAACUCCUCCACUAAGCUUCAAACCUAUUAGGGUUUGUACUUAUGCUAAAGACGUACAACCUCCUGCAGGAGAAACACCACAAUCUUGCGAUUGCCCAGAUGUGGAAGGAUCGGGGACCUGUUUGAAAAAUCGACGAAACUGUAGCUGUGUGAAAUCCUCAUAUUUGCCAUAUAACUCGCAUAAAAGAUUGACGGCUCCCUUAAAACAAGCAAUAUUUGAAUGCUCCCCUUUGUGCAAAUGUGGAUCGUCGUGUCCCUUUCGGGUUGUACAAUUGGGCCGUAAAAUUCCUCUUACCCUAUUCCGUACUUCAAAUGGUCGAGGGUGGGGUGUUAGAACGCCGCAUUUCAUUCCUAAAGGCACAUUUGUUAUUGAAUACGUUGGUGAAAUUAUUACCAUGAAUGAGGCUUUUCGUAGAGGAGAGCUUUACGACAGGGAAGGUCAAACUUACAUCUUUGAACUGGACUAUGAUCUGCCCUCUCAAUUCGCGAUUGAUAAUUGUCAUACAGGCAACGCUUCUCGUUUUAUCAAUCACAGUGCAAGUUUUCUUAUUUCUAACUUGACUUACCAACAUUGUGAUCCAAAUCUGAAAAUUCACCAUGUCUUUAUUGAUGGGGCGAAUCCUAAAUUGCCAAGAAUUGCCUUCUUUGCAAAAAGGAACAUUAAGGAAGGAGAAGAACUAACGAUAGAUUACCAAUUGCAAUGUGAGUAUAUCAAUAUCAAUAUAUAUAUAUCCUGUUUUGAUAAUAGAAAUGUUUUUAACUGA